AUGUCUCUGGAUAUUAAUCAUAGUCAAACAGAAAAUUCAAGCAGUUCCUCAAGUGGUCUCAUAACGGGUAGUGAAAUCAUCCCAAUAGAGGCUACUAAUAUUAAGGCAUGUGAUGAUGUUAUUCAGUUUUUAAGAUCAGAAAUCCCUGACAAGAAAAUGAAAUCGGGUGUUCCAGCUAAAACACUCAUACCAUCUACAGUAGAUAGAACCUGCAGCCAAAGUGGUGCUGUAGAUUUGUCAACUAAUUCGUCAGUAUCAACUAGGAACUUAAGUGAUACAAAUUUAGCGCUUCAUUCGCUACGUGAAUUUAUUCUCCCCACUCCCGGUUCACUUUUCUCAUUCUGUCCUCGUGCAAACAAUCAGUUGUUGUGA